CGUCAUUACCGCGACGUGUAGUCUUGUUCCAGGUCCGUGUUGUAGUUCUCUGUGUAUGGUAGGCAGGCUAGUAGGGAGUGCUUUUGUUAAAAUACGUUGUAGGUAUCAGAGCGUAUUGCUGUAUGAAAGAUGAAACUGGAGCUGAGUCGUGUGGUUCAGGGAGGAUACCGCCUCGGUGUCCUGAGGGAGAUCGGCAGGGCGUCCACCAGCUCACUGGAGGUGCCCGGCUGCUUACUGUACACCCGCUGUGGUACUGUACCCCACCUGACCCAGGACACCCUGCACACACUGAGCCCUCUGCCCUCCGUCACACAGCUCACCCUAUCCACAGUAGCGGAGCACCAGGAAGUGUUGGAGGAAUAUAAGGAUGGAUUCAAGAAGUUUGCAGGUCUUCAUGACACAGUGCUGUACUGCUCCCUCCAUGACCCCUUGACCCCGAGACCUGCGGGCCACGUCACCAACAAGACGGUGUCGGUGUGGGGCAGCGGGGGGCGGAUAGAGCUGACGGUGGGCCGGUUCAUGGCCCUGCAGAAGGCGCUGAGGCCAGACCUGUACCAGAGCAUGGCCGAUGGGGAGACCUGGCAGGGGGACGCCACCUCCAGGAAGAGGCUCCGCAAAUCAGUGGACCGGACUCUGGCCCAUCUCGACGAAUGUCUGCUCAUCCACCAACAGACGGCGGAGCUGCAGGGGGCGGAGGUGCUGGGGGUGGUGGAGGGAGGGGACAGCCUGGAGGAGAGGCUCCGGUCGGCCAGGGAGACGGCCAAGCGACCAGUGGGCGGCUUCUGCCUGGACGGCUUCCAGACGGGCUCCAUGGACGGCCCGCUGAGGACGCAGCUCAUCAGCGCCGUGGCCGUGGAGCUGCCAGAAGACAAGCCCAGGCUGCUCCAGGGUGUCGGCAGGCCCGACGAGGUGGUGGCGUGUGUGGAGGCCGGGGUGGACCUGUUCGAGAGCUUCUUCCCCUUCCAGGUGACGGAGCGGGGCUGCGCCUUGACCUUUGACCUGGACCUCUCCCUGGACCCCGAGAGAGCAGGUAUCACGCCCAGUACCCCAGUGCUGGAGCUGGAGCUUGGUGAGGAGCUGGAUGAGACGUGGCAGCCCGAGCGGGGCAGAGAUGCUGAGCUGGAAGACGGAGCAGAGACGAUGACGCCUUUUGAGAUGGAUCUGAAGGACACCAAGUACCGGGGGGACUUCAGACCGCUGGUGGAGGGCUGCGGCUGCUACUGCUGCACCAACCACCAGAGGGCCUAUCUGCACCACCUCCUGGUGACCAAUGAGCUGCUGGCGGGGGUGCUGCUGAUGCUCCACAACACCGCCCAGUACACCGCCUUCUUCAGGGCCCUGCGAGCCGCGCUGGCCAACGACCAGCUCGAGCUGUUUAAGACGAGAGUCCUCCGUAUCAAACGGGUGGUGUAGAACCACCCCCCCCCCAGGGACAGGAGAUGAGUCUGUGGAGGCAGCCCAGAGGGCCACACAUGAGCCCAACUCAGAGUUCAAGUGAUCAACGAGGCGGGGAGGAGAGAAGUUCUAGAGAGACAGCGAGGCAACGAGAGUUUUGCAUUGUUUGUUGUGUGCAGUAUCGAUGCGACUGUCUACCUGCAUGCAUUCUGCAGGCAUUAGUUGGGCCCCCGAGAGCCUCCUUCUCCAAUCACUCAGAGAAUCACUACCCUGCAGGAUUCCUUAAGAUAUGUAAGACAUCGACUACAUUUUUGCUUGAAGAAGACUCAACCACGAGAAGAUGUUGUUAUUGUUGUUUCUAAGACCUGACGUUUGGCGACUAUUUCCCCGUUGUUGCAGCGUAUUGAUCUCUCCAGUGUGUAUGCUCUUGCAUUACCUUCUACGUUUGACUCAUAUUCAUGAAUAUUUUUAAUGCUUGGCUGUGCCUACAAAGAGAUUGAGUCUCACAAGCUGUAAUAAAAUUGAAGAAUCUAUUCAUCUA